GGGAGAGGGGAAAAAAAAAAAAAAGCAUGAAUAAAGGAGGUUGUUCAGCUUUAAGGCACUGUAUAAGACAUUAGCCUCACGUUGCAUGAGUGACGUCAUCUGUUCUUGGCUGAAGCCUUUCUGUAUUCUGUCUCUGGUUUCCAACCAAGGCUGCGGGCUGACUGUAUGCACAAGGCACAGAUUCCCAGAGGAGACCAAGAGAAGCAGCUCAGAGGAUGAGACACAGGAAGACGAGCGAUUGUCAAGCCUUGAGUGAAGACGAAACCUUUCAGGUGCCGAUCGUAGGCUGCUGACGGCCAACAGAACCCAAGCCGGUGAAUGGAGAAGCAGGAUGGAGGCUGAAGGUACCAUGAUGGUGAUGAUGUACAUGUUGUGAAACAAAGGAUCAGUCUGCUUGCCCACAGGGAUCUUGCUUCCAGAGACACAACAGGGAGGCUGCAUUUCUUUGCUGAGGGCGAUCGAGCUCUCUUAGCCAGAAGAACCCAAUGCUGCGUUGUGUCGGACUCAAUGCCGGGGGGUAAAGACUUUUUGCCUCCGCUUAUAUUUUUGCCAAGAGGAUGCGGAGAACACAAGAGCUCUGAGGCUGUGGAUUCGCUUGGGCAUGUUUCCUGUUUACCUCUAGUUCCAUCUACCCGAAAGUAGACUGUUUACAGACAACCUCCAUCAGAAGACUGGUGGUAGGGCCAACCAUGAUUCAACACCCAACAGCUACAUAAAUUUUGAGGUCGUCAAGAGUCAUUUCUGAAUUUUUUGGGUGGGAUUUCGAGUUGGGUCGAAACUAAUGACUGACCUGCUCCUCGAAGCAGCCAGAACUGGUCAUUGCUAUGUUGGGUUUGGAUACCGUGCGUGUGGACCUCAAAGUAUAAGCAUAUUUUUGGUGUUUGGGAGCUAAAGCCUUUGGAUACGGUUUGGCCUAAGGCGAAGAAAAAACAAAAAUAAUAAUAAUACAAAGAGACAACUCUCCAUUGAGAAAAUGUUGAUGGCUGUGUGAGAUUGAGGAUGGCUGCUGGAAGAUUACUGCUCUACGCUGGACUGUCUUUAGCUCUGUGUGCCCUGGGCAUGCUGGCUGUGGCUAUCUGCUCCGACCACUGGUAUGAAACGGAUGCCAGACGGCACCGGGAGAGGUGCAAAAGCUUCACGAAUAGGAGAAUCGACCCUGGAUUCAUUUAUAAUUCCAACAACAACCUUCCGCUUAGGGCGAGCAGGUCAAAGCUGGACCGCUGGGAGGGCAAGUUACUUCUAACUAGAAACCGGAGGCAGCUUUUUGCCAUGAGCGCCGCCGAUGAGUGCAAUAGACAAUACAAUUCUACCAACAUGGGCCUCUGGAGGAAAUGCCACCGGCUAGGGUUUGAUCAAGAUAUAGAAGAUAUCAUUGCCAAAGGGGACAUUGAGCGAUGCUCGUUCAUCAAGUAUCACUAUUCCUCAGCCACUAUUCCCAAGAACCUCACGUACAAUAUUACCAAGACCAUCCGGCAAGACGAGUGGCAUGCUUUGCAUUUACGCAGGAUGACAGCUGGAUUCAUGGGAAUGGCCGUGGCCAUCAUUCUGUUCGGCUGGGUCAUCGGAGUGCUGGGCUGCUGCUGGGAUAGGGGGCUCAUGCAAUAUGUUGCUGGUCUGCUCUUCCUCAUGGGAGGGACUUUCUGUAUUAUUUCACUGUGCACUUGUGUAGCGGGGAUCAACUUUGAGCUCUCCCGUUACCCUCGAUUCCUGUACGGGCUACCUGAUGACAUCAGCCAUGGUUAUGGAUGGUCCAUGUUCUGUGCCUGGGGGGGCUUGGGCCUAACGUUAAUCUCAGGCUUCUUCUGCACAUUAGCACCUUCAGUACAGCCCGUCCUGAGGACCAACUGCCCCAAAACACGUCCUGAGAAUGGAACAGUGUGCUAAAAACCCUCUACAGAGCACAAA